AAUAUGAUUCUUCUUGCUGUGCUUUUUCUCUGCUUUAUUUCCUCAUAUUCGGCUUCUGUUAAAGGUCACACAACUGGUCUCUCUUUAAAUAAUGACCGACUGUACAAACUCACAUACUCCACUGAAGUUUUUAUUAACCAAGGCAAAGGAAAACUCCAAGACAGUGUAGGUUACCGAAUUUCAUCCAAUGUGGACGUCGUCUUACUGUGGAGGAAUCCUGAUGGUGAUGAUGACCAACUGAUCCAAAUCACGAUAAAAGAUGUAAAUGUUGACAAUGUGAAUCAGAAGAGGGGAGAGAAGAGCAUUUUCAAAGGAAAAAAUCCAACCAAAAUCAUAAGAAAAGAAAACUUAGAAGCUUUACAAAGACCUGUGCUCCUCCAUCUAGUCCAUGGAAAGGUCAAAAACUUCUACUCAUAUGAAAAUGAACCAGUGGCCAUAGAAAAUCUCAAGAGAGGCCUGGCUAGCCUAUUUCAGAUGCAGUUAAGCUCUGGAACCACUAAUGAGGUAGAUAUCUCUGGGGAUUGUAAAGUGACCUAUCAGGGUCAUCAAGACAAAGUGACCAAAAUUAAGGCCUUGGAUUCAUGCAAAAUAGAAAGGUCUGGAUUUACAACUGCAAAUCAGGUCUUGGGUGUCUCUUCGAAAGCCACAUCUGUCACUACCUACAAGAUUGAAGACAGCUUUGUUAUCGCUGUGGUUGCUGAAGAGACACGUGCUUUUGGGCUGAAUUUCCUACGAAGCGUUGCAGGCAGAAUAGUAUCCAAGCAGAAACUGGAGCUGAAGACGACUGAAGCAGGCCCGAGACUAAUGUCUGGAAAGCACGUAGCGGCCAUAAUCAAAGCAGUCGACUCCAAGUACAAGGCCCUUCCCAUCGUGGGGCAGGUCUUCCAGAGCGAGUGUAAAGGAUGCCCCUCUCUCUCGGAGCACUGGCAGACCAUCAGAAAACACCUGCAGCCCGACAACCUCUCCAAGGCCGAGGCUGUCAGGAACUUCCUGGUCUUUAUUCAGCACCUCAGGACUGCGAAUAAAGAAGAGAUCCUCCAAAUCCUGAAGGCUGAAAACAAGGACCUCCUACCUCAGCUGGUGGAUGCUGUCACCUCUGCUCAGACCCCAGACUCAUUAGUUGCUAUUCUGGACUUUUUGGAUUUCAAAAGUGAUAGUAGCAUUAUCCUCCAGGAGAGGUUUCUGUAUGCCUGUGGAUUUGCCUCCCAUCCUGAUGAAGAACUCCUGAGAGCCCUCAUUAGUAAGUUCAAAGGUUCCUUUGCGAGCAAUGACAUCAGAGAAACCGUUAUGAUCAUCAUUGGCGCCCUCGUCAGGAAGCUGUGUCAGAACGAAGGAUGCAAACUCCAAGCAGUGGUAGAAGCCAAGAAAUUAAUCCUGGGAGGUCUUGAAAAAGCAGAGAAGAAAGAGGACAUCAUGAUGUACCUGCUGGCUCUGAAGAACGCCCUGCUCCCAGAAGGCAUCCCGCUCCUCCUCAAGUACGCAGAGACCGGAGAGGGGCCCAUCAGCCACCUGGCCACCACCGGUCUCCAGAGAUACGACGUCCCUUUCAUAACCGAUGAGGUGAAGAAGACUUUGAACAGGAUAUACCACCAGAAUCGCAAAGUUCAUGAGAAGACCGUGCGCACUACUGCAGCUGCUAUCGUUUUACAGAACAAUCCAUCCUACAUGGAUGUGAAAAACAUCCUGCUCUCUAUUGGGGAGCUUCCCAAAGAAAUGAAUAAAUACAUGCUUUCCGUCAUUCAAGACAUCCUACGUUUUGAAAUGCCUGCAAGCAAAGUGAUCCGUCGAGUUCUGAAGGAAAUGGUUGCUCAUAAUUACGACCGUUUUGCCAAGAGUGGAUCCUCUUCUGCCUAUACCGGCUACAUAGAACGUGGUCCCCAUUCGGCAUCUACCUAUGGUCUUGACAUUCUGUACUCUGGCUCUGGCAUCCUAAGGAGAAGCAACCUGAACGUGGUUCAGCACAUUGGGAAGGCUCACCUUCAUGCUAGCCAGGUGGUCAUUGAAGCCCAAGGACUGGAGGCCUUAAUUGCCGCCACUCCCGAUGAGGGGGAGGAGAACCUUGACUCCUAUGCUGGCCUGUCAGCCAUCCUCUUUGACGUCCAGCUCAGACCUGUCACUUUCUUCAACGGAUACAGUGAUUUGAUGUCCAAAAUGCUGUCUGCAUCUAGUGACCCUGUCAGUGUGGUGAAAGGACUUAUUCUGCUAAUAGAUCAUUCCCAGGAGAUUCAAUUGCAAUCUGGACUGAAGGCCAAUAUGGACAUCCAGGGUGCUCUAGCCAUUGAUAUUUCGGGUGCAAUGGAGUUUAGUCUGUGGUAUCGGGAGUCAAAAACCCGAGUGAAAAAUCUGUUGGCCGUAGUAAUAACUGGUGACAUCACUGUGGAUUCCUCUUUCGUGAAAGCUGGUCUGGAAAUCAGUGCAGAGACAGAAGCCAGCAUGGAGUUCAUCUCCACGGUGCAGUUUUCCCAGUACCCGUUCCUAGUGUGCCUGCAGAUGGACAAGGCCGAAGCUCCGUUCCGGCAAUUUGAGACCAAGUACGAAAGGCUGUCCACGGGCAGAGGCUACGUCAUGCGGAAGAGAAAAGAAAGGCUGGUGGCAGGAUCUGAAUUCCCUCUUCACCAGGAGAACGCUGAGAUGUGCAAGGUGGUGUUCCCCCCUCAGCCCGACAGUGCUGCCAGCAGCGGUGGUUGGUUCUGAAACUGACCGGUGACGUUUCACGUGGAGUCUUCGCCCCCGGAGGGAUAUGAUGUGACACACCUAUGUACUUGCUCUCUGAGAGCACAGUGUUUACAUAUUUACCUGUAUUUAAGAUUUUUGUAAAAAGCUAUGGAAAAACCUCAAACAAUCAAAUUUGGGCCUAUUCAGUGUACUAACCAUAGUGUCAAU